AAGUAAAAAAAAGUAUGAGCUUCUUUGAUGUUAUUGUCCACCCCUUUACGUACGAAACAAAACAAAAAGCGAUUAGCUUUCCCUGAGCGUGGUGGGUCCUAUAUAUCCUUUGUCUUGAUCCUAAUUGAAAUUAGACUCUUACCAUCACAGAUCUUUAUCGACACUGAGUGAGUGAGCAAGCUUCACUUAUCUGAUACAUUCUCUAAAAGAUGAAUUGCCUUCAGAAUCUUCCUAGAUCUUCAGUCUCACCUUUGUUGGGCUUUGGGGGCAAUCAGAGAGAUCCUUCUUCGUCUUCUUUGAAGAUGCUGCUUCCCAUCAGAGCCAAUGAUCCUAAAUUGCGACUUGUUUUACAGGCGGUAUCAGAUUCGAAAUCCAGCACAGAUAUGAGUGGUGGUGUUUCCAAGGAGGAGGAAGAGAAAUCUGAUGAAUAUAGCCAAGACAUGACUCAAAAAAUGGGUGCUGUAUUAACCUACAGGCACGAGUUAGGAAUGAACUACAACUUUCUUCGUCCAGAUUUAAUCUGUGGAUCUUGCUUACAGACUCCUGAAGAUGUUGACAAGCUCCGUAAAAUUGGAGUUAAAACCAUAUUUUGCUUGCAACAAGAUCCUGACUUGGAAUAUUUUGGAGUAGAUAUAAGGAGCAUUCAAGCAUAUGCUAAGACAUUUACUGAUAUUGAACAUAUUCGCUGCGAGAUAAGAGACUUUGAUGCAUUUGAUUUGAGAAUGCGUCUACCUGCUGUGGUUAGUACACUGUACAAAGCUGUUAAGCGUAAUGGAGGAGUUACAUACGUUCACUGCACUGCUGGAAUGGGAAGGGCUCCUGCUGUUGCGUUGACAUACAUGUUCUGGGUGCAAGGCUAUAAACUUAUGGAAGCGCAUAAAAUACUUAUGAGCAAACGAACAUGCUUUCCAAAGCUGGAUGCUAUCAGAAAUGCAACAAUUGACAUUCUCACAGGACUCAAGAAGAAGACUGUUACUCUGACACUGAAAGACAAGGGUUUCUCCACAGUAGAAAUAUCUGGCCUUGACAUCGGAUGGGGACAGAGGAUACCUCUGACACUGGACAAGAGAACAGGAUUCUGGAGCCUGAAGAGAGAAUUGCCUGAAGGACAGUUUGAAUAUAAAUAUAUCAUAGAUGGGGAAUGGACACACAAUGAGCAAGAGCCGUUUACAGGACCUAACAAAGAUGGUCAUACCAAUAACUACGCAAAAGUAGUGUAUGAUCCGACUAGCGUGGAUGGAGCAACUAGAGAGAGGUUGACGAGGGAAGACCCUGAGCUUCUUGAGGACGAACGCUUGAAACUAGUCCAGUUCUUGGAGACUUGUUCUGAGGCAGAGGUUUGAGUGUUGAGAGCAUCCUUGUAACUCUGUGAAUGUACCCACUUACUAGUAACAAAUAAAAUGCUUUAUGUUGUUCAUACAUAAAGUUAUGUUUAUAGCAAAAGAAAAAAAUGAAGUUAGUUGUACCAUGUUCAAGUAUAAUGUACUACAUUUAAGACUUUAAAUGUUUGUUUUUUUCAACUA